UUGUCUCAAUCAAUUUAUCUUCAACAUAUAAUUUCUCUGUUAUGUGUUUUGUAUUCAUGUACUUCACGUUCCUCACCGCCCACCUCUCAUAUUUAUGAAUUCAACAUUCUUAUUUCUCACCCAAAAACUAAAAUAAAUCAUCAACUUCCCAAUCUCUAUACAUUUAAUACCAACGUAACCCUUCAUUUCCAUUCAAAUUUUCUUACUUUUAAUAAAUCUUAAAUGAAUAUCUAAAAAUGAUAUUAAAAAAUGAAAAAGAAAUAAAACAUAUUCUUCCACCGCAGCAGACCCAUCUCUAAUCAAAUCCUAAUAUACAUCUUCUCACUUUCCUUUUCACAAACUUGCCUUCUAGACCUCAAAUCUUUUUGGUCAACUCUUUACCAAUUUUCAUUUUUUGACCUUCCCAUGUCAUCUUUAAUGGCACCCCACCACUUUCCUUCUCUCUCUCUCUCUCUCUCUCUCUUCUCGUUCAUUUUAAAUAAAAACCCUUUUUAGGAUUUUCUUCAGUUUUCACUUUAUAUGGUUCUAUAUGUUUUUGUCAACCCCCAAAAAUAAUGAAAUUUGAAGACUUUCUAAUGGAGCCAACACCAGAUGAGCAUCAGCAGCAUAAACUUGAUCUUGAGAGUCAAGUUAUGAAGUUGCAAGCAGAAUUGCAUGGUGAACAGGCCCUCAACAAAGCUCUUCAUUGGGCUCUUCAUGGUCCUCUCUUGUCUCAUCCUCAUGUUGCUUCUACUUUACCCCCUCAGGUGCAGUUAGUUAUGGAAGAAUUGGGAGCAGUGGAAAGAGAGAUUGAUAGAUUAGAAAAAAAGGUUGAAGAGUUGAAAUUCAACUUAUACAAAGAGAAAGAACAGAAUAAGGAAUGGGAAAUUCAGCAGCGCCUCAGAAGUCUUUGCCAACAGAACUUGCUCUUAAAUGGGCCUGAAAUUAAUAGCAACUCACUGAUUAAUGGCCAAAGAUCAAGAUCUCAGCAUUAUGAUGAACUUAGAAAAGAUAUAAUGCUUAGUGAAAGGAGAUUCUCUUCAAGUGCUGCUUCUGAUAUCCAAAUUACCAUGUCUUCUACUGGUGCUAGGAAGAACAUGACGAGAAGUCGAAACCAAAGUCAAUUCGAGAAAGGGACUUGUAUUGAAACACCAAAUGAGAUUUCAGAACAGUUAAUCAAGUGUCUCAUAAGCAUUUAUCUGGAUCUUAAUCAACCAUCAAACAACAGCCAAACUUCACCAAAUAUACCAAAACAUGGCCUUUCAUGUAUCAACUCAAAGCGCUGCAUUGCAAAGACAAGCUUUAGUUGCAAAGCGCCUCAACUCACCUUGUCUUUUGAUUAUAGCUCAUCCAAUCCCAAUCCUUAUAGCAUAUUGCUCGACUCAGAAGGAACUGUCAAGGAUAUUGGCCCUUACAAGAAUUUCAUUCAUAUAACACGAACAUCUUUCGACAUCCGUCGAUUGCCCGAGUGCUCGGCGUCAAUCAGAAAAUUAAGGGUUUUGAUUCAUAAGCUGAGGAGUGUGGACUUGACCUUUUUGACAUACAAACAGAAGUUAGCAUUUUGGAUAAACAUAUAUAACUCCUCUAUAAUGCAUGCAUUUCUCGAACAUGGGCAGCCAUCGACAAUAGAAAAACUCGGGGCUUUGAUGAAUAAGGCUGCUCUCAAUGUUGGUGGAAUAGUUCUCAAUGCUCUGGCUAUUGAACAUUUCAUUCUUCGUCAUCCAAGCGAAGCGGAAACGAAAUAUCCUUUGGAUGAGAAAGAAAUGCUGCUUCGACAUGCUUACGGCUUAGGAUAUCCAGAACCAAAUGUGACAUUUGCAUUGUGUCGAGGCAGUUGGUCAUCUCCUGCAUUAAGGGUGUACACUGCAGAGGAAGUGGUGAAUGAGUUGGGGUUGGCAAAAGUGGAGUAUUUGGAAGCAUCGGUAGGGAUGACAAGCAAGAAGAAGAUAAUGGUGCCCAAGCUUCUUCAAUGGCACAUGAAAGACUUCGCAGACGAUAUGGAAUCACUGUUGGAAUGGAUUUAUAGCCAACUUCCUCGUUCUGCAACCUUGAAGAGGUCUAUAAUGGAGUGUUUGAAUGGUGAAACUAAAUCUUCUGUUCAUAAAAUGGUGGAAAUCCAACCUUAUGAUUCCGAGUUUCGAUACUUACUGCCCAUGUAGCCUAAAUUUGUAUGCAAAUGCAAUUUUUCUCUUUAUUCAACCUGUCUGGUUAGGAAAGUCUUA